AUGAACUCACUCAGCCCUGAACUCAUCCGUGAGAUCUUUUUCCAUCUUGACACAAAGGCAGACAUAUCACGGCUCCGUCUUGUCCAACGAACCUUUGCCCACAUUGGUGAAGAAGCGCUCUUCACCUCGCUCGAUGUUUCACCCACAUUCCAGAGCUUGACCCGACUCAUUGAGCUCUCCCGCAACAGCCACAUCGCGUGUUUUAUACGCAAAAUCUCCCUCAGUGUCGACGCCAUGCGGGUCAUGGUCUGGAGUACAAUCAAUAAACAUCUCGGCAGCAGUAGUGCAAAAGACGUUGACAAGCUUGAUUACCGAACGCUGAUCGUGUUCCGCAGCCUGGUCAAUGAGUGUCAGGAGUUUCAGAAAUCAUCUGAUUAUGUCGCGAUGCUCUCCACAGCCUUUAGCCGACUUACACGGCUAUGCCAUGUCUCGCUACUCGAGAGCUCGCCCUCAACGUCCGCCAAUUCGGGGGCGGUAACCUUGAUGGACCGCUAUGCGCACACUAUUGAUCCUCCUCAUUUCCACGGGUCCUGGGGCGAGAAAGACCAUCUCCGUGCCUUUUCGGCGCUCAUUGACGCCUCGUACUUCACCGGCACAACGCUAGAGUCGUUCAAGACCACCGGGCUCAUUGACCAAAUUCUGUUUGAAGACCGAGAGCUUCUACGCCGGGCAGCGAUUGUGUUUAGGGGGUCUCGGGAACUGCGGCUUUUGUUUUGUGGAGAGGAGCAGACACAGACGCAGGUGACGGAGAGGCUAUUCAAGAGCUAUCUGUUUGAUGUAAUAGCCCCAGCCGUGGGGCUACAGAAGCUAGCAGUAGAGUUCAAUGUAUGUCCGCCCGCUGGACGUGGCGGUGCAUUAUUCGAGAAAGUGUUUGGCGGGGAAAGCCAGAGGUGGGAGAUGUUGGAGGAGCUGGUAAUCGGCGGUAUCAACGUGAAGUGUGAGGAGUUGAUUGGGUUUCUGGCGCGGCAUAAAAGCACAUUGAGGGUACUGCGGAUGAGGAAAUGCGGAUUGGUGGGCGGGUCUUGGGAUGAUGUGGUGAAGUUUUUGGAUAAGGAUUUGGAAUUAAGGAAGUUGGAUCUGGAUGGGCAUAUUGACUACGAUUGA